AUGACUACAUCCAAAUUUAAGACAAUUUGUCUUUUUUGUGGUAGUAGCUUAGGGAAGAAAAAGAGUUACAAAGAUGCUGCCAUUGAUCUUGCCAAAGAAUUGCAAAUGUUCGCACUUCAAGUGAUGAAAAACAUUGAUUUGGUAUACGGAGGAGGUAAUAUUGGAUUAAUGGGCUUGAUUGCUCAAACUCUCUUUGAUGGUGGAAGGCAUGUUCUUGGUGUGAUUCCCACACCUCUAAUGGAUAAAGAGAUCACUAGUGUCACUAUAGGAGAUUUAAAACCAGUUAAAAAUAUACACCAGAGGAAAGCAGAAAUGAGCCUACAUGCUGAUACCUUUAUUGUUAUGCAUGGGUUAGCGUGGAACCCAAUCGACACUUGUGCCACCCUCGCCAUGCCGGAGUGCAUCACCGGAAGCCACGUAACGGAAAACCUGGUCUCAUUCCUGGGGCUUACUCUUCAAGAUGGAAAAUGA